UGGAAUUGUAGAACAAUGGUUAAGAAUGAUCAAUCUACGACUGGUUGGAUCAGACGGUCGUUCAGGUUAGAUCUUUUUUCAAAGACGGGACCCACAUGUAGCCACUGUGAAAAUGAAGAAAAAAGGUCAGUGUCACAGAAACGAGAGGCUGCAACUGUGAGUUCUGAAAGAGCGCCUUCACCCGGGUUUCAUCAUCCCAAACCAGAAGAUAUGGCAAUGGCAGCGGCGGCAGCGGCGGCAGCAGCAGCAGCAGCGGGGGUGUUGUUAGGCCACUCAUCCUCUCUUCACUUUGGCAAAGCUGAGGGUGUUCGAGACAGAUGUUUUGUGAAGACAAAGAAGAAGGAAGAGGAUUUGGGGUUCGUGGCGUCAAAGUUGAGUGGCAUCAAAAUCUCGUAUCCUUCCACCGCAAUCCAUGCCGCCAAGCCCAUUUCUGUUCCUUUCAGAUCUCCCCUUCAACCCGUUGCCCGUAGGGUUUGUCCAUUCACUGGGAAGAAAGCCAACAGGGCAAACAGAGUGUCGUUCUCCAACCACAAGACUAAGAAACUGCAGUUUGUUAACCUACAGUACAAGAGGGUCUGGUGGGAGACAGGGAAGCGCUAUCUCAAAUUGCGCUUAUCCACCAAGGCAUUAAAGACCAUAGAGAAAAAUGGGUUGGACGCUGUUGCUAAGAAGGCUGGAAUUGAUCUUCGGAAAAAGUAGCUUCACCAGUUGAUUUUUUUGUACUUCUGUACUGUAUUGGUUUUAACAUUUGAGCUGUGUUCUUAUACCUCGCUACUAUUUUCAUAUUUUUUUCAACUUGAAAUUUCUCUUUUAGAUGUUUUACAAUAUCUUCUGCCAUCUGUGGCCAAUUAAAGGCAAUCUUGAGCUUUGAAUUCA